GUAAAUGUCCGCCAUUGCUCUCCGCCAUUUUGCUUGGUCGGGAGUGAACGUAAAACUAUUUCUAUGUAUUCUAAUGUGGCAAAUAAUUAUUUAGUUUAAAAAUUAGUGUUUCUGUACACUAAUGGCUUGCUUAAAUACCCUUAAGUUAGAAAUAAAGACUCUAGAACAAGUGUUUCCUAAAAACCAUGAGCGGUUUCAGAUAAUGUCAGCUAGUGUCGACGAACUGACCUGCAGAUUCGUUGGCAAAAAUGGAAAGAAAUAUGAAAUACACGCAAAUAUUACGGAGACCUACCCAAACACGCCACCAGUGUGGUUUGCAGACAGCGAGGAUCCAAUUGUGACAAAUGCAGUUCAGAUCCUAAGUAAUACACAGGGAAGAGAUAACCAUGUCAUAAAUCAGGUGGGUAUCUUGUUGCGGGAGCUAUGCAAAUUACACGGUGUUCCAGAACCGCCAGACUUGGACUCAUUGUCGUUACCCGUCCAUCCGGCGCCACAGCAUAGAGUACCGAGCGUCACAUCAAAUGGUGCUGAAUCAGGUACCGAGGAAGAUGAAGAAAUGGUUGCAGAGGAAGAUGAAUCUGAGGGUGAGGAUGACUUGCCACUAGAGAUGGUCGAUGAUGCUGGACGGAGUGGCAAAGAUGAUAUGGAAACAGAGCAUUUAGCGACAUUAGAGCGACUGAGGCAAAAUCAAAGACAAGAUUAUCUAUCAGGUAGUGUCUCUGGUAGCCUCCAGGCAACUGAUCGCUUAAUGAAGGAACUCCGUGAUAUAUAUCGCUCGCAUUCCUUCAAAAAUAAUAUGUAUUCUAUAGAGUUAGUAAAUGAUUCACUCUAUGAGUGGAACAUAAGACUGCGUUCCGUGGAUCCAGAUAGUCCUUUACAUAAUGACUUGCUUUUGCUUAAAGAGAAAGAGGGCAAGGAUUCAAUUUUAUUAAACAUUAUGUUUAAAGAAACAUACCCCUUUGAGCCACCGUUUGUACGAGUUGUAUAUCCUAUUAUAUCAGGUGGCUAUGUCCUCGUAGGAGGAGCGAUAUGUAUGGAGUUAUUAACAAAGCAGGGUUGGUCAUCUGCUUACACAGUAGAGGCUGUGAUCAUGCAAAUAGCGGCCACCCUCGUGAAAGGCAAGGCUAGGAUUCAGUUUGGAGCGACCAAGGUCGUAUCACAGUCGCAAUAUAGCCUGGCUCGUGCGCAACAAAGCUUCAAGUGCCUAGUGCAGAUACAUGAAAAAAAUGGCUGGUUCACACCACCGAAGGAAGACGGCUAAUCCAGGCCGCUAUCGCUCUAACAA